UUUCUAAACAAUGAUUUCAACAUCAACUUGUUUGUUCUUUGCACAAACAAGAAUUGUGAAGUGACAGGAAAAUGUUCAAAUAAUGUCUCCUGGUAGCCAUAUUGGUACUAAAGGGUUCAAAUGCCACAGAAUAAAUCUUUGCAUUGGGUUGCAUUAAGAUGACUAGUGAAGAUAAUAUAGAUAGAAAUCUGGGUGAGAAAAUGAUGGGAGAAGAGGUAAUGAGGACAGUGGAAUUCCUAAGAGGGAGAUUGCUUGCAGAGAGAGUUGCUUCAAGAAAAGCAAAAGAAGCAGCUCAACUUAUGGGAAACAAGUUGGUAUACCUGGAGACAAAGUUGAAAGAAGAGACUAAAUCAAGAAAUAAAGCUGAAAAGAGGCUUAAAUUCCUAAAGAAGAAGCUGAUGGAGUGCAUGAAUGUAUCAUUAUUAUAUGUCUCAGAUGAAUCAGAAAAUUCAAGCUAUGUGUCCCAUGGUGAGGUUUCAUCUAUCCCUUAUUCAAGCACCAAAGACUCACCAAAUUGCUAUCAAGAAAUGGAGAAAAUGAAAACAGGAAAUGAUUCCUCUGAAUCUUUAUCCGGGAAAUACGAAACCAAGGAGGCUGCAGGUGAUGCAAUUGAGGAGGAGAACAUGAUGAGUUCUUUAGGUAAAGCCAAUCUUGAAUUCAAUGGAAACCAUGAUCUCUCAAUGCCAGAUGGAAAUAGCAGGAGAACUUCACAGGAAGUGAAAGAAAUGGAUGCAGAAAACAAUUUGGUUAGAGAAGAGAAUGUGGAUGACUCAUUGGCUAUAGUAGCAGUAGAAAUGCUUAAGACAAAACAGACCAUUGAUCCAGAUGUUCUAGAUGAAACAGUAAGAGAGGUUCUUGGUUCUCUGAGGCGUGCCAAAGAGAAGCUUCAAAAUCAGAUGGAGAAGAAGGUUAAAGCAAUGUCUGUUGCCUGAUCUACCAUUUUCCAAUCCAUAAAGAAACAGGGCUAUAGGGCAAGUAGGCUUUGCAAGUUUGAAGCACCUUAUUAUAGUCAACAAACACUUACUGGUAAGUGGGAAUUCUAGUUAAGAGUACUGCACUGUUAAGAUUAAGUUAAGGAAAUAUUUUGCCACUACAGACUUAACUCAAUGAUUUAGUAGGCGAGGCGGUAGUGUGAGAUUAUAUCCAAAGUGGACAAAUCUGUGCACAAGCAUUUGACCUGUCUGCGUUUUGGGAGAAGUUAAGGAAAUAUUUAACUGCAAGGUCCAAGUUCUUUCUUUAAUUUUUCCA